AUGUUAUUGCCAAAGAAUAUUGAAUUAAACAAGAUGAGAAACUUACUAGGCUUACACUCAACGAUGCGAAGUACUUUCUUCAUUGGUCGGGUUAUGUGCCUCCUACCCAUUAUAGGUCUUAAUUUUCCAGUCAGCAAGUAUUUAAGGUUCACUCUUCGGACUCCAUACACAAUAAUAUAUUUCAUCAGUCUAUUUGGACAACUUCUUAUGUUCAGCACGAGCUUUCAUUGGCUUGUACAUAAUGGAAUUUCCUUGGCAACGAUUACCAAUGCUCUAUUCUACUCAGCGAGUUUGGUCUCAUCGCUAGUGCUGGCCAACAUGAGUCGAUCGUGGCCCAAGUUGGUCAGACAAGUCGAGUUAAUAGAAACAAAGUUGCCCUUACUGACGCCCCACGUUGCUUCCUUAUCUAAUAUUGUUAUGGUGUUUAUGCUGUUUGCUGCUUUGGUGGAACACGUGCUGUCAAUUUUAUACUGUUUAACAGUAGCAAGUAACUGCAACCCGAACAAUAUAUUAGAAACAUUCUUCCAACACAACAUGCCCUGGAUAUUUGACUAUACAUCCUACAGUUUGUGGAAAGGCAUCUUGGUUGAGGUAUUCAACAUACAAUCGACUUUCCUGUGGAGCUUCUCCGAUUUACUCAUCAUGGUAAUAAGUAUCUACUUGACUGAGCAUUUUGUGGUCCACAACUAUUCGCUUAAAAAGGCUAUUAACGAGAAAAGUUUUCCUUGUGUUGAAUUUCGGAAACAAUACUCUCUGAUAGUGCGUCUUGUGAAAUUAAUAAAUGAUCAUAUUGGCAUAUUUAUAUUGACGUCUUUCGGAAGUAACCUUUACUGGAUUUGUAUUCAGUUCUUCAAUAAUCUGAACAAAACACAAACAGGGCAUUUUCUGUCGUGCCCAACUGAACAACAAGGAAAGACUUUAACCAGCAUAGUACACACAGCAUACUUCACCUACUCUUUCUCUUUCCUCGUUGUAAGAACGUUUUCUGCCCUGUUAUUGGCUGCGAGAGUCCAUUCCAAGUCUAGGACACCUUUGUUAAUGCUGUAUAACGUACCUAGCGCGAGGUAUAAUGUUGAGAUAGAGCGGUUCAUCUAUCAAGUUAAAAAUCUGAAGGUAGCUCUCAGUGGCUUAGGCUUCUUUUACGUGACGAAAACUAUGAUAUUAAGUCUUAUAGGAACCAUUAUCACGUACGAACUAGUGUUGCUGCAAUUCGAUAAUGAAUAG